AGAUUAAAUAAAAUGUUACAUAUCAAACUCGAUUUUAAUUUGCUGGUAGAAGCAACCUUUAUUCUCUCUUUUACAAAGGGGUGUAAUUCUAUUAGUUAAACAGUAACUUGCUGUAAAUUUUCAAAUCCAAAUCCAAAAUUAUAAAAUUGAUUCAUUUAUAGUUGCUUUACUUUUGUCCUCACUCAAAAAUUAAAAUCUAAAAUGCAAAAUGGAAAGAUAUGAUAUCCCAAUUUAUCCGAACAAAAGAUGAAUAUUCUGGGAAUAUGCUUGGUGAUAAAGUUGUUGUAGAAUGCCGCGUGGAACCCACAGUUUCAGAGGCGACUUGACUCUAUUUGCCGACAUAAUUGACUUGACUAUAUUUUUGAGUAAGUGAAUGUUCAGUUUUUCACUCCACAUUUCUUCCUUCGAGUGCCACUUCUCUGAACUUGAAGGAACAACCAUGAAAAAAAGCUCACCUCUCUGGAAAGGGUUUUUGGCCCAGCUGGGUCGUCAUUCACCCUCAAAUUUGAAUCCGUCGGAAUCAUCCUCCUCCAAUUUGAACCAGGAAAGCAUAGCAUCCACUUCUUCGGAAAGCGUCCAAAACAAUGGACACCGAGUAUUUCUCAGUUUCAGAGGUGUCGACACGCGCAAGAAUUUCGUUGAUCAUCUCUACGGUCAUCUCACCCGAAAGGGUAUUUCUGUCUUUAAGGAUGACAUCAGCCUCCGCAAAGGGGACUCCAUUUCACCACAGCUUAUGCAAGCCAUCGGAGAUUCCCAUGUUUCUGUCGUCGUUUUUUCCAAAGACUACGCUGCCUCCAGUUGGUGUUUGGAAGAAAUGGCCUUCAUAGCUCAUUGCAAGCAAGAGGCAAACCAAACUGUUUUUCCUGUUUUCUAUGAUGUGGAUCCAUCUCAUGUAAGACAUCAGAGUGGGCCAUACAAGAAGCCCUUUGUUAAACACAAAUGGAAAAAACCACACAAGGUUCGCCGAUGGAAGAGAGCCAUGAAGGUUUUGGCCAGUUCUGCUGGUUGGGAUGUCAGGAACAAGGAUUCCAGAUGAUCUUAUUGGAAUGCAACCCCGUGUGCAAGAAUUAGAAAGCAUUUUAAACGAUGACGAUGUUCGAGUUUUAGGAAUUUGGGGGAUGAAUGGAAUAGGAAAAACUACUCAAGUUACUGUCUUGUAUGAUAAAAUAUCUCACAAGUUUAAUGGUUGUUGUUUCAUUCGGGAUGUGAGUGAAAUUUAUAAAAAACACAUUGAUGGUGCCAGUGUUAUACAAAAACAAAUUCUUCUUCAAACAUUUAAGGAAGAAAAUCUUGAAACAUGUGAUUCCGUUGAACUAUCGAGAAGAAUAAAACAAAGGUUACACAAUAUAAGGGUCCUUAUAGUUCUUGACAAUGUUGACCAAAUACAACAAUUGAAAGCAUUGGCCAUAGAUCCCAAAAUGCUUAUGAAAGGAAGUAGAAUGAUUAUUACAACUACAGAUAAGAAAAUUCUACGAUGGUAUAGUGCAAAUGUAAUACAUGAGGUUUCAUUAUUGAAUGAUAAUGAUGCUCGUGAACUGUUUUAUAAAAAAGCCUUUGAAAAUAAAGACCAAAUUAGUGAUUAUGUGGAGUUGAUGAUUCCUGACAUACUAAAGUAUGCCCAACGUCUUCCAUUGGCAAUUGAAGUAAUGGGUUCUUGCUUGCGUGAUUGUAAUCUUGAACAAUGGAUAGAUCUUUUACAUAGAUUAGAAAAUGAUCCAGAUGAUGGAAUUAAGAAUGCACUUCAAAAAUGUAUUGAUGGACUACACUUUUAUGAUGAAAUUAAGAAUGCACUUCAAAAAUGUGUUGAUGGACUACACUUUUAUGAAAAAGAAAUAUUUUUACACAUUGCUUGCUUCUUUAAUGGAGAAAGAAAGGAUUAUGUUGACCGAAUUUUGGAAUGUUGUGAGUUAUACCCUUGGAACGGAAUUUCAAGAAUGGUUGAAAAAUCACUCAUAACUCUUAGAGAUGAAGAAAUUUAUAUGCAUGAAAUGUUGAAAGAAUUGGGAAAGGAAAUGGUUUGCGACCAACAUCUUUAUGAACCAGAAAGAUGGAGUAGAUUAUGGCUAUAUAAAGACUUCUCUCGCGUCUUAACAAGUGAAUUGGGAGCGGAUAAUGUUCAAGCCAUAGUGCUAAAUAAAAGAGAAGAUAUAACUGAAUGUAACAUCGAAGGAAUGUCGAGAAUGAAGAACCUUAGAUUACUCAUAUUAUAUCAUAGCACAUUUUCAGGAAGCCUUGAUUAUCUUUCUUCCAAGUUGCGAUAUUUUUCGUGGAAUAAUUACCCAUUUGAUUCUUUGCCAUCAAAUUUUGUUGCAAUUGAUCUUGUGGAACUGAAUAUGCCUAAUAGCAAAAUCAAACGUGUGUGGGAAGGCUGCAAGAAUUUUCCCAAUAUGAAAAGGAUCGAGUUGAGUAACUCCAAAUAUCUUACAGAGAGUCCAGACUUUUCUAAGAUCCCAAAACUUGAGCGACUUGAUCUUUCUGGAUGCACAAGUUUAUCGGAGGUCCAUCCAACAAUUGGACUUCUUGAAAAACUUGCUUUCUUAAGUUUACGAAACUGUAACAAUCUAGUCAGCAUCAACUUUGAUAAAAAAUCUAAUCUAAGUUCUUUGAGAGUUCUACACCUCAGUGGUUGCACUAAACUUAAAAAUACUCCAGAUUUUACAAGUGCAACAAAUCUUGAGUAUCUUGACAUUGAUGGAUGUACAAGCUUAACCUUGAUUGAUGAAUCUAUUGGAUCCCUUGCAAAUCUUACAUACUUGAGCUUGAGAGAUUGCAAAAAUGUUGUCUCUAUACCUCAUACCAUUAAUACCAUGUCGUCACUUCAAACUCUUGAUUUACGUGGCUGCUUGAAACUUGUGAAUCUUUCCCUAGGAAUAACCGUAAAUGCAUCCUAUUUGAUGCCGUUGAUUUUUCUGGACAUAAGUUUUUGCAAUCUACUUGAAUUACCUGAUGCUAUUCUUAUGUUAGAGUGUUUAGAAAGAAUGAAUCUACAGGGGAACAAUUUUGUUUCAAUACCUAAUUUGUUUCGGCUACGUCGUCUAGCAUAUUUAAACUUGUCUCAUUGCAGUAAGCUUGAACGUUUGCCUCAACUUCCUCUUGACAACGAUACACCAGCGGGAAGAUAUUUUAAAACGGUAUCUGGAUCUCGUGAUCAUAGGUCAGGGUUGUAUCUUUUCGAUUGUCCCAAGAUGGAGCGUUUGGUUAGGCCUUGUUGGAACGGAUCAUGGCUCCGCUAUGACUUUCGCUUUUUUGUGAGACUAAUUAAGGAACCAAAUCAUUUUCGGUGUGGUUUCGACAUUGUUUUUCCUUGGGAUUGGCUUGACACGUCAUUGUGGUUCAAAGACUAUAAAAUAUUUGACGGAUGUGCUGUAAUGCGGAUAACUGGGUUUAGUGAGGCUGACAGCUGGCUUGGCUUUUCCUUUUGUGUUUCAUUUGAGGUUAAGAAUGGUCCUGCAGUUUCUAGUUCUUCCCACAAUCCAUUUUAUCUUUCCUUUGAAAGUGAAUACACAGAAGAGUAUUUUGAUAUGCCACUUAAUUUAGAAGUGGACAAUAUUGAUGAAUCAAAAUACUUUUGGAUCAUUUAUAUCUCAAAGGAACACUGUCAUUUUGUGAAAUCAGGGGCACAUAUCACCUUUAAAGGCCACCCACAUGUUGAAAUCUGUGGAUGGGGGAUUAGGAGCAUAUUUGAGCAAGAUAUAGAUCUAGAUGACUUUGAAAAGUUUUCAAAGAUGGGAAAACGUCCUCAUUCCAAUCCUGAUGAUCUACCGUAUCUUGACUUUGAUUAUGUAAAAAACAGCAACAAUAGCUUUGGACCUAAAAUCCAGCUUCCUUACAAUUGGUUGGUUACCGACGAAGAUGAAGCUGAGAAUAUCAAUGCAAAGGCAAAAGGAAAAGGUCUCUCUUAUGCGGGGCUUUAAGCUAGCCAAUAUAUGAAGGUUAAAAGACAUCUUUUUCGGGCCCAGGUAAUGAUCCUUUCUACAGCAGUGAUUCAUAAUUAAUUAUUGAUUAAAUAUUUUCCUUUAUUAAUAACUAUUAAAUUAAUAGUGUGUCAAACUUAAUUAGUGUUGCGCUUUCAGGCCUUAUAGUAAACUAAAUCAACUUUAAAUGAAUAUUUGAGACUUAGCUGGUAAAUUAUCAUAAUUAAUUUUGUUUGAUAUCACCUUUUCAAAUAACCAUUAAAGUCAAUUCGUGUGAUUUUUUUUAAACAUAAUUUGCUUUUAUCAGUUUUCUAUCGUGUACAAAUAUGUAUAAAUUAACCAAAGUUCGUUGAGUUUGAUAAAAAAAACAUUAGGAGAGAUAAUAUUAGUGCAGUCAAGGUAUCGAGAAAGAUUAAUCCUAACAAAGUUGUAAGAUACUUCCAUUAAUAUUAUGGUAAAAAAUACUUAAAUUAAGUUUUAAUAGUUAUCCACUUUCAAUUAAUUUAUAUUACAUAACUAACUAUGAUCAAUGUUAUCGGUUUGAUUUAUAUAUGUGACAAAACUAAUUUUUAUACCACUCCUUUUAUAUGAAAUUGUUAAUUUUAUAAUUUACUCAUUCAUGUGAUUUGAUUAGUGAUCUAGAGCAUGUUUAAAUACAAGCUUAGAAGAAUUUUUAAGAGUUUUUCUAUUGAAAAAUAUUCUUUAUUUUCAAUAGAGAAGUUAUCAAAAAUGCUUCUAAUUUAUAAAAAGUGGUUUUUGAGAAAAGCAAAAGGUUAUUUAUAACACCCAAGUUCUCUAAAAUUAAUAAAAAAAGAUUUAUUUUAAUUAAUUAUUUUGAAAUUUAAUUAAGAUUCUUUCUAUAUAAUUAUAUGUGCUUUUAAUUAAAUAAGGUUGUAAAAUUAAUUCAUUUAAUUAUGAGUAUCUCAGAAAUAUGCGUUUUAUGAUAUUCUUUUUUAUUAAUUAUGUUUUGUUUUAUUACAAGAGAAGGGGAGAUUUUCAAAGUUUUAGUUAGUUUACACUUUUAUUUUAUGUUUGCGUUUUUCUCUCUAGAACUAAAGAACUUCCUAAAUAGCAUGAAUGUGAUCAUCUUGGAGGCUUGUAAUCGUUUGCUAGUGUUACUCUAGAGUGUAGGUAAUCUAUUAGGUAGUGAGAUUGACCCUCAAUCAUAAUGUUCUUUAUAUGUGCUCUAUGGUACGAAUCCCAUUUUCUGACUUGUAUCUUGUGAAUUUGUGUUCUGUGUGAUUCUUCUAAGCUUUAUGGAUGUUAAUUGUGUUGUAUGUGUAGAGAAUUGCACUUAAAUCGAAUUAUUUGUGAAUUUGUGAGUGCACAUAGUUCUUAUAGGAACCCUUUGAUUUAUAAAAUAGAGCGAAAAUUGAUGUUAAUUGUGACACCCUCUACCCCACAUACAUAA